GGUGAAAUAUGAUGAAUAAAAAACUUUAAUUCAACGUUAGUUACUAACAAUGAUAAUAAUUAUAAGAAAAAAAGCAUGCGGAGACUUGCGCGCGGGCGACUAGGUUAGAAUUUGCCGCUGUUCCCCCCACUCUCGUCACAUAGUGAGGAACACAACAUUGACGUGUAUCGUGCUUCGAGAGGUUACCAAACAACACAGUGAUGUCGGAAAGAAGUUUGUCAAAGGGCCUGGGCCCGGAAAGAGAAGAGAAGGACCCUGCGACGCUGUCAGAGCUGUUCGAUAACGCUUUCGAGUUAUUUAACAGUAUUAAUAAAACACAGGAGCCUACAAACAGUCCAAAAGUACAGUCUGACAUAAGGCGGACAAUGAGUAUGUUUGAGGAUGCAACGAGACUGGUCUCUAUAGUGGAUAUGUUCAGUGACAAUGAAAGUUUUGAUGAAGUGUCUACGGAGAAUGUCAAAUACUUCUUGCUACCAGCUCUAUUAGGCACACUUACUACUAAAAUCUGUGGCAAUGACGACAGGAUGCACAUUGUCAAAGUAGCAGAAAUCUAUUUUGUGGAUUUUCUUAAAAGAGUUAAAGCUUACGGUCUCACGGAUGUUGAAAUACCAGAAAUCAGUUCAACUGAUGGAAAGGACGAAGCAGGAGACAAUCAAAACAAAUCAAACAAGGAAACUAUCACAGAAAUGGUAUGUCGAAGAAAUACAAAGUUGCAGAGAUAUAAAGAACAGAAGGAUUUGGAGUCUCGGUUAGAUAUUCUAAAGAAGAAUUUAGACAAUCCAAACAUUGAUGAUGAGACUAAGAGGGAAUAUUUUGUUACCCUUCUGAAGUUAUAUGUAAUCCAAACAAUUGAGGAAUUGAGUUCUCUGUCUGCGGAGAAAACGAUCUUAGAACAUAUGAAGAGAAUGGGACGACCUCACAAUUUGCCCUCACAGAUGUCUCAAAAGCAAAAACCACCUACUCCAAAACUACAACCAAUUAUCAUUACUCGUGAUGAGCUGCAGAAGCAGGUUUAUGGCGCUGGCUAUCCGAGUUUACCAGUCUUAACAGUCCAAGAAUUCUACGAACAAAGGGUCAAAGAUGGAGACUGGCCUGAUCCAUCGCAGCGUAACCAAAUAAACUCUCGAUGCCUACAAGAUAUCGGGAGCAACGAUAAAAGUUCAAACGAGCAAGAGGAUAUUGAAGCUGCUGAGAAGGAGGAGAAGAUCGAGAGGGAUGAUUCUGACUUGCUCGCGCAAGCACGCGCCGUGGACGAGUACAAGGACACGCAUCGUCGCGGCUGGGGUAAUCGCGCCAACAGAAGUUAGACGCUUAAGAAGGACUUUUCUAAGAUUCAUGUGCGCGUUACGCCGCGUACUGUACCGAUGAUACCGUUUUCUACAUUUUCAUUUGUGAGGGACUCGAAUGUUGCGCGGCACAUUACGCUUCGCCGGAUUUUACGCAAACUCGCAGGACCGUCUUAAGACAUCCGGAAUAGCGGUAGAGGAAGAUGCUUUAAUUUUUCAAACAAACGUGAAAUACGUAAACGUGAAUUUCACGAGCUGAUCUAUGGGCUUUUGUAACGAAAAUAAACGAAAGAUUGUACAUUCGCGAAAUCGCGAGGCGAUUUCUCGCAGUCAGACUAAUUCAGACUAAUAAUAGAAUAAUAAAAAGAAAAGUAAAUAUCUACCUCCACCCAUCCUCGAUGAGUAAGGCAGUCUUGCACGUCUUUUCCAGAGAGCUGUAUCAUAUAAUUGCGCAUUACAUCUGUAAUAAGGUUUUGUUAAGUUUUAACGAUGCGACGGGGAGACGGAGGAUCGAUCUUCUGUUCGGUGUUGAAUACGCUAUUGUUGCCCAUUAAAGAGAAGAAUAAA